AUGGGUCGUCUUCACAGCAAGGGCAAGGGUAUCUCGGCCUCGGCCAUCCCCUACUCGCGCAAUCCGCCGGCGUGGCUCAAGACCACUCCCGAGCAGGUUGUCGAGCAGAUCUGCAAGCUGGCCCGUAAGGGUGCUACUCCUUCCCAGAUUGGUGUCAUUCUCCGUGACUCCCACGGCAUUGCCCAGGUCAAGGUUGUCACUGGCAACAAGAUCCUCCGGAUCCUGAAGAGCAACGGCCUCGCCCCCGAUAUCCCGGAGGAUCUCUACUUCCUCAUCAAGAAGGCGGUCGCUGUCCGCAAGCACCUUGAGCGCAACCGCAAGGACAAAGACUCCAAGUUCCGCCUCAUCCUGAUCGAGUCCCGUAUCCACCGUCUGGCUCGCUACUACAAGACCGUCGGUGUCCUUCCCCCAACCUGGAAGUACGAGUCUUCGACCGCCAGCACCCUCGUUGCUUAA